ACGCGGGUUUCACCCGCUGUUACAGAGGCGCAACGGCCGAGCGGACGAUCCCGGCCUGAGGCAGCGGGGAGAAGCAGACCGGUAGUUUGCUGCAGUACCAUGGAGGGCGGUGGAGGUAGCGGCAACAAAACCACAGGGGGAUUGGCCGGCUUUUUCGGAGCCGGCGGAGCUGGCUACUCGCACGCGGAUCUGGCGGGAGUCCCGCUAACUGGUAUGAAUCCUCUGUCUCCUUAUUUAAAUGUGGAUCCACGAUAUCUUGUGCAGGACACAGAUGAGUUUAUUUUGCCAACUGGAGCUAAUAAAACCCGGGGCAGAUUUGAACUGGCCUUCUUUACCAUUGGAGGAUGUUGUAUGACAGGGGCUGCAUUUGGGGCUGUAAAUGGCCUACGGCUAGGAUUGAAGGAAACCCAGAACAUGGCCUGGUCCAAACCAAGAAACGUACAGAUUUUGAAUAUGGUGACUAGACAAGGGGCACUUUGGGCUAAUACUCUAGGUUCUCUGGCUUUGCUCUAUAGUGCAUUUGGUGUCAUCAUUGAGAAAACAAGAGGUGCAGAAGAUGACCUUAACACAGUAGCAGCUGGAACCAUGACAGGCAUGUUAUAUAAAUGUACAGGUGGUCUUCGAGGGGUAGCACGAGGUGGUCUAGCAGGACUAACACUUACGAGCCUCUAUGCACUAUAUAAUAAUUGGGAGCACAUGAAAGGCUCCUUACUGCAACAGUCACUCUGAAGAUUCUGCUAGUUUAUGAAUGGAGGACACUUUAGUAGUCAUCCAGACCAAUUUAUAAAUCAGUCUGGAGUCAUUCACUCUUCUGUCUACAAUUAGUUUGAGAAAUUGGAGACUCCAAUUUGCUGGGAUGAAGAUCAUGGAUAGCUGACCAGGAUUGGCACUCCUUCCAGCCAUGAAUGAGUUGAAGCCAAAACCCUCUGGCAGCUGAGUAAUGUGGUUCUCUUCUCCUUUGAAGAAGAUCUUGUACCUCUUUUCUCUCCUACUCCUUGGAAAACCACUUACUCCCAGAAUUCAGGUCAUCUUGUUGUCAAUACUGUAUCACCACAUGUAUUCAUUUAAUGAUCCAAGACUGUAAUACUGCCCUGUAUUCCCAAUAAAGGGUGAAAAUAGAACCAAAGUCCUAACUCCAA